GCUGCUGUAUUAUCGGUGAACAGUAAUUGAUAUUGCAGUGUUUUCUCCUUCCCUGAAAAAUUAGCAUUCUCAACUCCAGGAAUGCCCUUAAAAUCCUAGUCCUUACAAAUUCACAAUCCCUGUGCCUAACCUAGCUUCAGUGCCGUUUCUGCUGCUCCCCUUAUCAUUGUGUUGCUGAAGUAGCUGUAAAACCCCCUUAUAAAAAUAAAAAACUCUAGCUAGGAUAUAACAUUAGCUACCACUAACUGCAGCUGAGCUGAUGCUAUGCUAUGAAAAUGGUUUCUAUUCCUUUCAUGAGAAGAAAACGGUCCCCUUUACUUUUGUACUGGCUCCCACGGAGGUCCUGUGGUGUGUGGGAGGGAGAGUGACUCUCCUUGAAUCAUUGCAAUAUGUAGGCUGUUUUCUAAUGAGACUGGAGUUCUGUAUCUGAAGAAUGCAAUUGGAAUUCAAGAAGCGGUCACCUGUGAGGUCAGACGACACUUCAGUGACAAAAUAAGACGUGCUGGAAUGUUCGGGAAUCGGGUGUUAUGAUUGGCUGACGUAAUGAUGCACAACGACCAAUCAAAGACAGAUCCAAUUAAUUGAAUGUACUAGAUAGUAAAUGUAAAAGCAGAUGCACGGUGCCACUGUGGUACCAUUCUGUCUCUGCACUGUCACUGGAGAUCAUUUGGAUAAAAAAGGCCAGGCAAACAUUUUGCAAAGGGUAAUGAGUUUGCUGCCGGUAAUAGGGAGAGAUCUCUGCAGACAGAGCUUGCCUGCACUUCACUUGGCUCAGCACAUUACAUCCAUAAGGAGCAGGCAGGAUGCAGGGAGAGGUCUGUAUCUUUGAAGAGGCACAGUGCACAGCUUUGAACAAGGGGAACCCUCGAGCUCGCCUCGACAAUGAGCAAUGAGUUACCUGGAUGGAAAUAUCGAACAGAAAACACGACCGACAUUCCUAAGGACCCCGGGAAGCAGGACGGCUAUGUCUUAUUGCUCGUCCUGCUGUCCAUCUUCAUCGGGGGGAUGGUGGUCCUGCUGUCAGGCCUGCUGAUUAUCUGCCGGCGCUGCUGGGAGGGGGGCCGCAGGUACUCCAGGGCCAGUGAUGAUCCUGAGAAAACCAACACCACCUACCUGGAGGACUCCCAGCCAGCACAGGAUAUCACCAUCAAAGUGGACGAGUCCGACUGCCUGUCCUCCUCCAGUUACCAUGACAUCGAGACUGACCGCUUCCUGUCCACGUGUUCCACCGGCCGCCGCGUGUCCUUCAAUGAGGCGGCACUGUUCUACCACAGCAAGAAGACGCAGGAGAAGGGGCGCAGGUACACCCUGACCGAGGGUGAUUUCCACCACCUGAAGAACGCGCGGCUGAUCAACCUCAGCAUCCCGCCGCCCGCGCUCAAGAUCGUCACCAUCCACGAGUGCGAGUCCAGCGAGAACAACAGCAUCGCCACAGCAGCGCGGCCAGCUUCCAAAUCCAGCCUUUCCAUAUUCCAGCCCCCGAUGUGUGCGCUGCCCCAGACGGCUCUGACCAGCCUCUCUCUCAGCUCCAGCUCGGCAUUGCCCGGAGACACCUUCAACUCUACUGUGGACACCAGCUUCAUGGAGAGCGUCCCAGGGCCCCGGAGUGAGCAGAUAGCAGGCAGCACGAUGGAGGAUUUCCGAGGCAGUGCUUGGAAUGGCGACAGUCCGGUGAGCUCCGUGGACGGGUCAGCAGUGGUGGGGGCUGACACUGUGGGCUCCACGCUCCCCUCCUCUUCCUUGGCAGGCAAAGGUGGUGGGCAGGGCACCGUGCUGCAGUUCUUUACCAAGCUGCGCCGCCACGCCAGCCUGGAGAGUGCCAGCCCCUACUUCAAGAUCAAAAAGUGGAAGCUCGACGGCAACCAGAGAGCUUCCAGCCUCGACACCAGAGGAUCUCCAAGGAGACGUCAGUUCCAGCGGCAGAGGGCUGCGAGUGAGAGCAUGGACCAGCAGGAACGGGACGCGCACCACAUCGAUAUCAUCCAGUACAUCGCCCGCACCGACGACGUGGCAUUCUGCCCCACCCCAGCCUCUACCGUCCUGCCACCCCUCUGCACUCCAUCACCCUCCCUCGGCAGGUUAGAGACAGAGGAGGUGGAGGUGGAGGUGGAGGUGGAAGUGGAGGCUGAGGUGGUGGCAGGCAGCAGUGGAGGAGUCACGCUGCCCCCGGAGGAAGGCGAGAGUAGCUGCGGGCAGGAGAGCUCAGAGCAUCACACCCUCUACAGGGAUAUCUGGAACCUGCGGGCCUCGCUGGAACAGUAUGCCUCGUCAGACCAGAGCAGCAACGACAAAGACUCUGUGCGCAGCGAAACGGAGAGCGUGUGCUCGCUGGGAGGGGUGGAGAGGGUCCCGGGGUCGCUGCCCAGCUACCCGUCUCAGGACAUCGGAGACGAGCUGGAGGGGGAAGCCGAGCGGCCAGGCGGGGGGACGUUCGGAAAAGAGGGGUCCGCCACGGGCGGGGCCAAGCAGGGCAGCGUGGACUCGGAGCGGAGCAGCGACGGGGAAUCGGGAAACCGCAAGCUCCUGCAGAUGGACAGCGGCUACGCAUCCAUCGAGGCCCCCUCUCGCGCCCCAGAGGAACUGCGGCUGUUUGGGGCGGCUGGGGGCACCAGGGAGAAAACGGCGUCCGAAAAGAGGCGCUUCUUCACCAGCUCUGGCCGCAAGGGCACCGUGUGCGAGAGCUUCGAGGCGCGCCUCUUCGAUGAGGAGCUGGAAGGGGCUAGCCGAGAAGUGGAAAGCCCGGUGGGGUGGUCUCCGUAUGGGCAGGUGUUCCAGGAACACCCCCCUCACCACCUGGUACUCCGCCGGCGGGACUACAGCAUCGACGAGAAGACCGACGCCCUCUUCCACGAGUUCCUGCGCCACGACCCCCAGUUCGACCACCCCGAGUCCCCCCUGCGUUCGAAGCACCGCUCUCGGGUGCACCUGCGCAAGCAGUGGCAGCGGACCAAGCAGUACAGCGACCCUGGGGUGCACUUCCCCCCCUCCUUCGAGAGGCACCGCACCCCCCUACGGAGGGGCGACAGCGUCAACUACCCGCUGGACACCCGCUACCACAGCACCCUGCCGCGGAUAGUCAGCACAGCCGACGAGGAGUCCAGCGACGGGGCAGCCAGCGCCGAGCCGGCAAAGACUGCUGCGCCGGAGGAGAAAACCAGCCCCAGCGGCAGCCGGACUAUCAAGGAAGAGGAAGAGUCCCUUCUUUUCAGUCCUCCACUAUCUCCUGGUGUGAUAUCGGAGCACCCUGAGCUUCCUAAAGACUCGAACCAGGCUCCUGUCAGCGCUGGUGCAAACAGAGGCAGCGAGGGCAGUCACUUCCACAGCCCCUUUUCAGAGCCCCCCCCGGAGAACCGUCCUCCUUCACCGCUGCAGCCCCCCGGCACGGGCUACGGGCCCCAGACCAUCUCAGCCGAGCUGACGGACAAACUGAGCGCAAGCCUGGAUGACCGGCUCUACACCAGCCUCCGACGGGCCAAAGAGAGUCCCGACUGUGUGGUGACCAUCACCCACGCCUCUCCUGACCACAGCCCAGUGUAACGUGCUUCCUCCUGCUUCCUGUUUUUUUUAAUUUAUUUAUUUUUAAUAAUCCCCGUGGAUGGUGUGCUUGGGAGGGUUUAGUUUAUGGAGACAAAAAAAUAUCAGACAACGAUUGUGUCUAAAAAAAAGCCUUCCUCCUUAAAGAAUACCAAACAGGGUUUGAUCCGCACGCCCGGCACGAUGGAGUGAAAAGACUGAAAAGAAACUAGACUACAUCAGUCAGAAAGUUCUUUUUAGCGUUCCUGGGAACACAUGUAAUAAUUAACGAUUUGGCAGAAUGUUGAAAAGAGAUUUUUCUUAAUUUCUUUUAAAGGGAAAGCCAAAUACGAUUUAUUAUUGGCCCAUCACCGGUCUUAAAGGGGUCAUUACAAGGCGGAAUAUGCGUGUUUUAAAUAGGGAAGGUACUUGCUGGUUAUUAUUAAAUUAUGCUUAUUCCUUUUUGUAUCUUGUAUAUUAAUCGUCGGGGAAAUGAAGUUUAAAAAAAAAAAAAAAAAAACCCUUAUGAAAAAAAUAACAACCUGUUAAUCUUAUUUUGCUAAAAGAACAGCAGUUUUAAGGAAACGGACGGUCUUAUUUCCAUGACAACAGCAGCUCUGUUGCUCAUUCUGGUGCCAAAAUCUGUCCCUGCUCCAUCCUAGGUCUCCCCUUCAGUGAAUUGUAUAUAUUUUUAUUGUAAUGGUUAAAAUCGCGUUUACAAAAUGAACUUUGAAUCUUCAAACUGCUCCGACACUGUAGCUAGGUAACCGCGUGAGUGCGCGUCCCUUUGUAAUCCUCCGACAUUGAUGCAAAUUAAUUGCUGCGGUUUUUGGUUCCGUAUUGUUGAUCUGGGACCAACGCUAAUCCACACACUGAUCAAGCAACCCUCACUCCUGCCCGGCCUGGCUCAUGAUUAAACAUGCCUUGAAUUGACGUUUGUUAUUUAUUUAGUUCAACUUCUUUUAAAUUUGUAAAGUUUGUACGUUUGAUGCUACUAGCUCUUACUUUAGUGUAAUAAUAAUCAUCAUCAAAAAAAAUCCAACAGCCAAACCUGCUGUAAAUCAGCUCUCUUUUGGAGAUGUGAUUCCAGUUGUAGUUGUUUGAUUGUAGCGUUUGUGGUUCCAUAGUGGUGAGUCGCACUGGCGCUGUCAAGAUUGACUAGGGGUGUCAAGAGCUAUAUAUAUAUAUAUAUAUAUAUAUAUAUAUCUAUAUAUAUAUACACACACACACACACACACGUACGUUGCUGGCUCAGCCAAGAACGUUGCAACUACUGCGAUGAGACCAUGAGCAUUAAACAGUUUAAUAUUAGUCAGGAGACAUGCUCAUCACUAGCAUGAUCUUCUUUUGAAUUUUGAUAGUUGGAUAGUCUUCCUCUGGGCCAGUGAUUUGCAUAGUAGACUAUCCUAAAGCACGUUCUGCAGAAAAAAAAUAGGUCUUUCAAGACUGUGUAGAGCCCAUGUAAGCAGGCAAGCUGUCCAGCAGUCUUUCAAUUGAGGAGUGAUACUGAAGCUUGGUGAAAACCAUGUUUGAAAUGACACCGCCAGUUAACGCUUUACACUUUGAAACACAGAGCAAUAGAACAUUGCAAAGAAGCUUUCCAGCACACCCGGACAACUUCCGAUCCUUCUCUAGCACUGCAACAGCUGUGUAAAAAAGAACAAAAACAAACAAACAAAAAAAACAAGACAAAAACAAAGGACCCCCCAGAGCAGUCAGGACAGCAGACCUUUCGAAACGCUUUCUUCCUCACAUGGGUGGGAGUGGGCGUAGGGCAGUGCUAAAUGAGAAAAGGGGUACCUCUUAAUAUGAGCACUAGUUAUUGUGCCGAGUCAGUCAGUUGGUUAGCAUAGGCUCAUUCUAUGUAUGUGCAAUUAGCAGUUAUUUUAACCCCAUUCAGGUACACAAGGAAUUAAGCGAUUGUUCAAACGGUGUCUUCUUAAAAUACAUUUGAGAGCGUCUCAAGUAUCACGAAGAGGAAGCUGACACAUUGCAAACCCUGUUUUGUGCACCUCAUUGCAACGAUAAGAAAGUUAGCUUCCUUUUUUAUUUGUAGGACACACCUGUCCCUUAUACCUUAAAGGGUUAAUAUGUUGGGUUGUUUUUUUUUUACUUAUACAAAAGUGUAAUAUUGCUAAGAUCGUAUUUUGAAUUGAAAGUAUCUCCUCUUAAUUUAAUUCUAUAUUCAAGAGGCUCAGUUUGUAUCUUUUAACAAAUUCUAAAAAUAUCAUUAUACCCUAAAGAGUAGCCAGUCAAGGCCGUUGUUAUGCAUAGUACCUGCAUGUCUGAAAAUGUUUUUAACCGGAGAAUUCCUUCAAGACUUCAACCGUUGUUGAUGCAAAUUUCUUUUUUUAGACAAAGCGUAAACAGAAAAAAAAGCUAUUUUAGUAUUUUCUAAUUUAUUUAUUGGUCUGCUGAUGGAUUUCGUUGUCAAAGUAUAUUUCCAUUUUUGAGAUCAUUGGUGUAUCGCUGCUUGUGAAGCUGAAUGCUUGUUUCCGGUGAAGUUUCAUUAAAUGAGCUGCACAUUC